CUCCGCCCCGCUGUGCUCCUUACUCCCUUCGCACCGCCGCGCCUGCCCGCAGAGCCUCUGGGCCGCGGUGGGAGGCGGAGAUUUCUUGCCUGUCCUUCACGCCGGCAGGUGAAGGUACCCCCGGUGCUGGGGGGUUGUGGGCCGGACAGGACAAGACAACACAACUCAACACAAGAUAUCUGAAGAAAUAGCCUGAAGAUGAACUUCUUCCUGGAAACAUUAAAAGUGAUUGUACUUCUUGUUUACUACUUACUGGAGUCACUGGUACUCUUGGUUGUUCCUGGACGGAAGAAGAAUGUUAGUGGUGAAAUCAUAUUAAUAACAGGAGCGGGAAGUGGCAUUGGAAGACUCUUAGCGGUGAAGUUUGCCAGCCUUGGAGCCACGCUGGUCCUCUGGGAUAUUAAUCAAGAGGGGCUCAACUGCACAGUAAGACUGGCCAAGGAAAAAGGAGCAGCAAGAGUACACUCUUAUGUCUGUGACUGUAGCAAAAGACAGGAUAUCUACAGAGUGGCUGACCAGGUUAAAAAAGAAGUUGGUGAUGUCAGCAUCUUGAUCAACAAUGCUGGUAUUGUAGUUGGGAAGAGAUUUCUUGAUUCUCCAGAUUCACUUGUAGAAAAAACCAUGGAAGUGAACACAAUAGCACACUUCUGGACUUACAAAGCCUUCCUCCCAGCAAUGAUUGCUGCUAACCACGGACACUUGGUUAGCAUAGCAAGCGGUGCAGGCCUGUGUGGAACCAGUCAGGUUGCAGAUUACUGUGCAAGUAAAUUUGCAGCAAUAGGUUUUGCAGAGUCAAUUGAUAUAGAGAUGAGAAAUCUGGGAAAGACUGGUGUUAAAACCACAAUUGUGUGUCCUUACGUGAUAAACACGGGAAUGUUUGAUGGUGUUAAAUCCAAGUGGCCACGUCUGCUUCCUGUUCUGGAGCCAGAGUAUGUGGCCGAGAGGAUAAUCAGGGCUGUUCGGCAGAACCAAGAAGUCCUGUUUAUACCACGCAUUGUUUAUAUUUUCUAUUUUUUAAGAAGCUUCCUGCCAGUGAAAGCAACAAUUCUCUUUUUAGACUACUUUGGACUCAGUGAUUUAAUGAAUACCUUCAAAGGUCGACCAAAGAAGGAGUGAAAAAUUACAAAAUUCAGAGACAAGCAGCUCUAAAGUCGGUGUUGAAGUUAGUUAAAGGUGGUGGUGGGUAAAGUUCACUUCACUAGCAGCUGUGAACUUUGGGUGCCUCAUUUUGCAAUAGUAACAAGAUUUUUAAGAGUUGCUUUUUAACUGGCUCUUAAUCAACAGCUUUCAUCUGAGCUAUUGUUUUUGAAUUGUUUUCUUUUCACCUGAUUAUGAAAAUACAUUAAUUGAACUUAGUUGCUUUGGCUUAUAAUGCCUUAAAAUGGAUCCUGCAUCACAAACCAAUAACUGGCAACUUUGGGGGCAAGAAAAGACCAAGAAACCACAUGUAUUUAGCAGGUAUCCUGAAAAGCCUUUAGUGGAUCUGACUUCUUGCUGCCAUUCUGUGAUCCACGAGGAUGAUCUGUACUGCUGGUGCCGUUACCAUUCCUGGUAAGCUGAGGAAUUCAAGAAUUUCCUUAAACAACAGAUUCUAACUCUUACAAAUGAAAGUUUUGGGAGAUAAAAAUAUACACAGUGUUGGUGAAAAAAAACAACUACAUUUAUUAAUUUUUGGAGGUGUGAUCUCUCAACUUCCAGAUGACAAUGGAUGUUGAGACAGGGAUAGGGAAGGAUAUGUAAAUUAAGCAUUUGUGCUGCUAAUCUACUUUGUGCCUAAUUUAUUUUAAAAGCUAAUACUAUGACUGCAACUUUGUAACAGAAGUCUUUGUAUCUUUUAAGUACAGUAUUUUAAGAACUAUUUUAAAUUGUCAUCUCCUAAGAAGAAUAAAUUUGCAUUUAUAAAGCAUGA